CUGCCAAAUUCCACUCUAAGUGGAAAUGCUUCCAGUGCCCAGCCUGUCUCACACAGCCUAUUGGAAGUCAUUGCCAUUGCUACUGUGUCAGCUAUUGUUAGCCUCAUAACAAUUGUGGGAAACAUUCUGGUAAUGCUCUCUUUUAAGGUCAACAGUCAGCUAAAGACAGUAAACAACUAUUACUUACUCAGUUUGGCUUUUGCCGACCUCAUUAUUGGAGUGUUCUCAAUGAACCUGUACACAUCUUACAUUCUCAUGGGAUACUGGUCACUAGGAAACGUGGCUUGUGACCUCUGGCUGGCACUAGACUACGUGGCCAGCAAUGCAUCAGUGAUGAAUUUACUGGUCAUCAGCUUUGAUAGGUACUUCUCCAUUACAAGGCCUCUAACUUACAGGGCUAAGCGUACCCCAAAACGAGCUGGCAUCAUGAUCGGCCUGGCAUGGCUAGUGUCGUUCAUAUUGUGGGCGCCCCCCAUUUUGUGCUGGCAGUAUUUUGUCGGUGCGAGAACCGUUCGUUCAGAUCAGUGCCAAAUCCAGUUCUUCUCUGAGCCUGUCAUCACAUUUGGGACGGCCAUAGCAGCCUUUUAUAUCCCUGUGUCCGUUAUGACCAUUUUGUACUGCAGAAUUUACAAAGAAACCGAGAAACGCACCAAAGACCUAGCCGAGCUUCAAGGGAUUGCAUCUAUGGACAGCCAUGAGAACUCAAAACCCCAGAAACACAUGCUGAGAUCCUGUUUCAACUUUAGCACUGACAGAGAAAGGACCCAGGCUUCAUGGUCCUCCUCUAACCAGAGUAAAAUCACUAAUGCCACCACGCAUUCUGAAGACAUGUGGACCAAAUCAGACCAGGCUGCCACGUUAAACAGCUACAGCUCAUCUGAAGACGAGGAACGACCUGCUUCCGAGGCGACCUUGCAGGAGUCUUACAAGAACCACGACCAGGCGCCAAGCGAGAACAGGCAGCUUAUGUGUUAUGACGAAAGCGGUUGUUUCACCCACCCUGUGAAGAAUUCUUUACAGAAAAAGAGCAAAAAGUGUAUCUCCUACAAAUUCAAAUUAGUCCAGAAAGAAAGCAACCUCAAGAAAAUCAGCAAAAAAGAAGAAAGGAUGGUGUCGAAGACUUGUUCCACGUCGGAGCACGUGGCCCUUACCGCCACCAAAACAAUAGACCCCACCCUGAAGAGCCAAAUCACCAAACGCAAAAGGAUGGUCCUUGUCAAGGAAAAAAAAGCAGCGCAAACGCUAAGCGCCAUCCUCCUGGCCUUCAUCCUCACCUGGACUCCAUAUAACAUCAUGGUGCUUGUCUCUACCUUCUGCUCUGACUGUGUCCCACUCUCACUGUGGCAUUUGGGCUACUGGCUAUGCUACGUGAACAGCACCAUAAACCCUAUAUGUUACGCCCUCUGCAACAAGACUUUCCAGAAGACUUUUCGAAUGUUACUCCUCUGCAAGUGGAAAAGGAAUCGUGGGGAGGAGAACCUGUACUGGGGCGGUCAGACACUGCAGUCAACUGCAAACUGA